AUGGAACCAUUUCAAGAUAUUCACAAGUUGGAGCAGUAUCGAAAAAGAUUAGGAAUGCAUCAUGCAGUGUCAAAUACAAAUGGGAAAAUAUGGGCAUUCAUGGAUGCAUAUGUGGAAUAUGAAGUAGUGGUAGAUGCUGAACAACAAAUUACUCUAAAGAUAACAAACCAAGCUCAGGAGUUGGAAGUGUUGGUAACAUUGGUAUCUGCUAAAUGUACCAUUGCAGAAAGAUUACAAUUAUGGGAAUCAUUGGAUCAUAUCGCUGAGGCAGUGCCAAUGCCGUGGGUGGUGGGGGGAGACUUUAAUACCAUCAUGAACGAGGAGGAGAAAUUGGGAGGACUACUAGUAUUAGCUAAAGAGACUCAAGAUUUCAAUCAUUGUAUAAAUGUGUGUAAUCUGGAAGAUCGGGGCUUUAAGAGGAGUAAAUAUACUUGGUGGAAUGGUAGAACGGAUGAAGAUUGCAUAUUCAAGAGGUUGGAUAGGGUUUUGUGCAAUGAUGAGAUGAGUAAUAAAUUUCCAGUGAUUGAAGUAGAGCAUUUAACCAGAAGUGGGUCUGACCACUCUCCUUUGUUACUAAAAUGCAGUAUUAGCAAUGAAGGGGUGGUUAAACCAUUUAGGUUCUUAAACUUCUGGAUAAAAAAGGAGACGUUUAAAAAGGUAGUAAAACAAAAUUGGAUUGCAGAUUUUGAAGGCAAUCCUUUUGGCAUAUUUCAUCAUAAGCUGAAGAGAGUUAAGAGGGCACUUUCGCAAUGGAGUAAAGAAACCUUUGGCAAUAUUUUUCAAGAAAUAGCCACCCUUGAAGACACUAUCAAAGUUCUUGAAAAACAAUUUAAGGAGGUUCCGUGUGGAGAAAACAGAAGCAGACUGCAGAAAGCUCAAGCGGAUUUAUAUACACAACUACAAAGGGAGGAAGAUUUCUGGAAGCAGAAGGCAGGUUUUGAAUGGUUCAAAGAUGGUGAGAGAAAUACAAGAUUCUUUCAUACUAUAGUCAAAGGAAGGAGGAGUAGACUUAGAAUAAAGAGAAUUCAGAAUGAAGAUGGGGAAUGGGUUGAGCAACAAGACAAUAUAGCUGAAAUGGCAGUGGAAUUCUAUAAAGGGCAAUUCACUAAAGGUGAGGAAAUUGAAGAUUUCGAUAUGUUGAACGAAAUAGCAAGAAUGGUCACUGAUGAUUAG